AUCAAGUUAAGCCACCUGCUAAAUUUCAUCUCAUAUCUUAGAAUAUACUUUGGGCUAUAUAAUAUAAUUUGGUGUGUGUAUGGAAAAGCACCUCUCAUCAAACACGUUUUCUUUUGUUGAAUUCGCAAGAUAUGUGCUGAGUAAUGCAAAAUGCGUUGCGCAGGCCUAGAGGAAUCUUCUAUGGGACGGUCGGUGGGAGAAUCUGAGUGGCAGCCAGAAAACCAACCCAGCUUUUAGUUCAAUGAAGCACGGCGAGGCAUUUAACCGUGGCGGUCAAAAAAUCUCGGCGUAAACACGUCUGUAAGCUUUUUUUGAGUGGAGUUGGGGAGCAAGCUAUGGAGCAGGUGAUGGAGCAAGUUAUUGAACGUGUGUUUGCCUCUGGAGUGGCUGCUCGUUUGAGGAGCCAGUGGGACCGCAAUGAGGGCAUCGGUCAGAAUGACAAGGCCCUGAAGUUCUUAGGCCAAGACUUUGAAUAUCUCCGGUCCCACAGUCUGCAGAGCAGACGGCUGUUUGAGGACGAUGCAUUCCCUGCUCAGAUCUCGUCGCUGGGCUUCAAGGAGCUGGGGUCAUGCUCUACAAAGACACAGGGGGUCCGAUGGAUGCGCCCCACGGAGUUCUGCUCUGACCCUCACUUCAUCGUAGACGGAGCCACUCGCACUGACGUCUGCCAGGGAGCUCUGGGUGACUGUUGGCUGCUGGCAGCGAUUGCUUCACUUACACUGAAUGAGACUCUACUACAUCGGGUGGUGCCCCAUGGGCAGAGCUUCCACCAACAGUAUGCUGGGAUCUUUCACUUCCAGUUCUGGCAGUUUGGGGAGUGGGUGGAUGUGGUGAUUGAUGACAGGCUGCCAGUGAAGGAUGGGAAGCUGCUGUUUCUCCACUCAGCAGAGGGGGCUGAGUUCUGGAGCGCCCUGCUGGAGAAGGCCUACGCAAAGCUCAAUGGCUGUUACGAGGCCCUCUCAGGGGGCAGUACAUCGGAGGGGUUUGAGGACUUCACAGGGGGCGUGACAGAGAUGUUUGAGCUGAAGAAGGCCCAUCCAGACCUGUUCAGCAUAAUCAGUAGAGCAGUGGAGCGAGGUUCCCUGCUGGGAUGCUCCAUAGAUAUCUCUGGUGUUUUCGAGAUGGAGGCGAUGACAUUCAAGAAGCUGGUGAAAGGCCAUGCCUACUCUGUGACAGGUGUGGAGGAGGUGGAGUUUAAAGGAAGUCCCACCAAGCUCCUGCGGAUCAGGAACCCCUGGGGAGAGGUGGAGUGGACCGGAGCCUGGAGUGACAAUUCAAGAGAGUGGGCUGGAGUUGACCCAUCGGUCAGAGCUAGAUUGUACAACCGUAGCGAAGAUGGCGAGUUCUGGAUGUCAUUCCGUGACUUUCUGCGUGAGUUCAGCCGUUUGGAGAUCUGUAAUCUGACAGCAGACGCCCUGCAGGCCAGCCAAGUGAAGAAGUGGAGCUCAACGCUCUACCCUGGAGAGUGGAGGAGAGGCAGCACUGCAGGGGGCUGCAGGAACUACCCAGCAACGUUCUGGCUCAACCCUCAAUUCAAAGUGGCCCUUCAGCACCCAGACACAGAUGGCCAAUCAGGUUGCAGCUUCCUGGUGGCGCUGAUGCAGAAGGAUCGUCGUCGGCAACGGCGUGAGGGGAAAGACAUGGAGACCAUUGGAUUCACCAUCUAUGAGGUUCCAGAAGAGUUUACAGGUCGGGCCGGGGUACAUCUAAAGAGGGACUUCUUCCUGACCCACGGCUCCAGUGCCCGGUCAGAGCUCUUCAUCAACCUGAGAGAGGUCAGCACCCGCUUCUGCCUGCCCCAGGGAGAGUAUAUCGUCAUCCCCUCCACCUUCGAGCCCCAGAAGGACGGAGACUUUGUGCUCAGGGUGUUCUCUGAAAAGCCAGCUGACUCCCAGGAAUUGGAUGAUGACAUCACAGCUGAUCUGCCUGAGGAGGUAGAGCUGGAUGAGAGCCAGAUUGAUGCAGGCUUCAAGGGUCUCUUCAGACAGCUCGCUGGAGCGGAAAUGGAGAUCAGUGCCACAAAGCUUCAGACCAUCCUAAACAGAAUCAUCAGCAAGCAUAAGGACCUGAAGACAGACGGCUUUGGCAAGGAGGCGUGUCGUUGCAUGAUAACUCUCAUGGAUACCAGCGGCACUGGGAAGCUGGGCUUGACAGAGUUCCAUGUGCUGUGGGAGAAGAUCAAACGGUACCUGACUGUGUUUAGGAAGUUUGACCUGGAUAAAUCUGGCACCAUGAGCUCCUAUGAAAUGCGGAUGGCACUGGAAUCAGCUGGCUUCAAGUUGACCAACCACUUGUUCCAACUCAUCAUCCUACGCUACGCAAAGGAAGACCUGAAUGUGGACUUUGAUAACUUUGUCAACUGUCUCAUCCGUCUGGAGACCAUGUUCAAGACCUUUAAAGAAAUGGACACUGAUGUAGAUGGGGUGGUUUCCUUCAGCUUCUUCCAGUGGAUCUCCCUCACCAUGUUUGCCUAGACAGAUGGAUGGCCUUGGCCUGCUUGCGUUGGUGGCGUCACCCCGACUCCAACAGCCAUAGAAUAUUGUCUUAAAUGUGACUAGUUGUGGUUCUAAAACAGGUAGAGUAGAACACAAAUGCUUUUGAAUGUUGCCGGUGCUUGACUUUCUUUUUUUUUAUAUAUAAAAAAAAAACAGUGAUCAGUGAUUUUUAUUUUUGAAACAAGCUGUUGGAUUUAUAUUCUGACACAAGUCAAUAAUGUAAAGCCUUAGUUUGAAGAAAAAGAAAAAAAAACAGAUUCUAACCUCAAUAACAAAAGGGCCUUGAAAUGUGGAGUGAAAAUAAAAGCAAUUUAAAGGUUUUAUUAAAUACAUUUGUUUGAAAAGCCAACUCUUUCUGGAUACUGCUGCACUUCUCAGGAAUGUAUGGAUUUUUGUUAUCUUUUAUUUUUGAAAAUAAAGUGCAAUGAAUGAUCUGAACAUCUGUCAUAAUCUGAACAUUAAAAAAUUAGCAGCACA